CACAGUGGGGGUCACAUGGCCACAGUGCCGGUCAGCAUGUCGUCAUCAGCCUCAGACAGCGACAAGCCUGCCAAGCAGAAGAGGCAUCGGACGAGGUUCACGCCGGCGCAACUGAACGAGUUAGAGAGAUGUUUCUCUAAGACCCAUUACCCCGACAUCUUCAUGCGAGAGGAGAUCGCUAUGAGGAUCGGCCUCACCGAGAGCAGAGUUCAGGUAUGGUUCCAGAACCGUCGAGCCAAAUGGAAGAAACGUAAGAAGAGCACCAAUGUGUUCCGCUCCCCUGGCGCACUGCUGCCGUCUCACGGUCUACCACCCUUCGGCGCGGGAGACGUGUGCAGUCCCGGAGUGUUCGCUGACAGACCCUGGUCUAUGCCGGCUGGUCUAGGCCAGCUAUCUCAAGGUGGCGUAUCAAUGGGAGGGUUCGGGGCGGGUGGUCUGCCGCAGCUGGCCGCAGACCUCAACCCUUCGCUGCCCAUCAGUUCUGUCGCCUCAGGACAGCCCUACCAGGGACAUUAUCCGCUCAACUCACUCGGAGACACGAUGAUGUCGUACUGCAACAACAUCAGCCAGCAGCAGCAGGGUGCACUGGAGGGCUCCCCCACGCCCCCCCACAUGGCGCACUGCGGGAACAACAACGCCUCGCCCACUGCCUCCGGUAACGGCGGAGAGCCUCCAGAAGAAGAGGUAUGGCGCGGCCACAGCAUCGCAGCGCUCCGGCGACGCGCCUCCGAGCUAUCCGCCGCCAUUCCCCCGUAUCUGCAGCUCAACUACGACGCGCACAGCCCCGUCUACUGACCGCAUAGCCCCGUCUAUUGACUGCACAGCCCCGUCGACUAUUGACCGCGCUUCUCUUUAGAUUGACCGCGCUAUCCUUUUAUUGUCCGUGCUACCCCGCAUGCGGACUGAGCUACCCCGUCUAUUGACCGUACUACCCCGUCUAUUGACCACACAGCCCCAUCUACUGACCACACAGCCCCAUCUACUGACCGCACAGACCCGUCUACUGACCGCAUAGCCCCGUCUAUUGACUGCGCUUAUCUGGCUAUCCUUUUAUUGAAAUUUCUGAAGCAUCUACUGACUGAGCUACUCCGUCUAUUGAAUCAGAAUUAGUCGCAUCAGAAUCAGAGUCAGUCAAUAUAAAAUAUUUUAAUAAACGAUGUGUGUGUAAUCUAUUUGAAUCGAGUCAGGGGUAAGAAAAAUGUAAAUAAUUCAUGGCUUUGUCUUAUUUGUUUAAACACCAAGUAUACGAAAGUUCAGUGUCAAAUAUAUUUUCGAUAUUUUAAGAUUCUGACACCAAAAAUACGUAUGGAAUCACCUUAAAUGGGUGAUCUUGUAUAAAAUAAAGAUUUUCUUCAUGAACUACAUAAGUAUACGUAUUUACAAAAUGUUCAGCGCUAGUGCGACAUCAAUUUAUUGCGAUUUUUCAGAGACAUUAUUACUUACGAUAAAAUUGUGAGCUGUAUUCAAGAAAAUACAUGUAUACGCAUUCGUACAAUAAUAAAUUAUAGUUUAAUAUUAAGCUAUUUAUUGUUUAAGUGAGUAUAAAGUAUUAAAUAGUGUUAAAUAGCCGUAACAUUAAUGUAUUUACGAAGUUUGACGUAAUUGAUAUGAGGUUAUAGAUUUAGGAACAGAUUCUCAACAUUCCAAAAUGUAAAGGUACGUUUUCAAAACUAGCUGCCGACGGCAACCGUUUUGGAUCAAAGCGACUUCAGUAUGUGCAGUCGCUCUCAGAUAUCGAUCGAGUUGCAGUCACUGCAAGUGCGGUCGGCAGUUAGCAUUCAAAACGCACCUUUAAUGUAGAAAUACCUGAACAUCUUUUUGUUUAUUCGGGCUUCGUCAUAUGUAUGUAAUAUCUUGUGAAUACAAUUCAAUGUAAUCAGUAUUAACAGCAUUUGUUUCUAGAAACUAAGAGCAAGACUGAGCCCGAAUGUAGCUGGAUAGCCACAUACCUAGUGCAGAUAAAUACAAUAUUUUAUGCAAUAGGGAAUGUGAUAGUAAGAUUAAUUAAGCCAAAGCUGUGACAUUCUUAAUGAAAACUCAGCUUAAAGCGGAAAAACACGUGUGCUCAUUAUUAUGACAAAAAUAUUUUUGACAUCUUGAACGUCAAAGUGACAAACGUCAAAUUGAGAGAUAGGACCUUGUCCUGAUAAUAAUGAGUUCAUGGUGCCCCUAAAUCAAAAAGUUUAUUCUAUGGUAAAUAAAUAAAUAGUUUUACGACAAAAGAGGGUAAUUUAGAACAGUGUGUAACUUGAAACAUUAUUGUGGACAUGUGACUCGCAGUGUUUUUCAUAAUUCAAGAGAUAUUAUAAAAUAAAACUUCAGACCUUAUGCUGUAUACGGAAUUUUGAUCCAAAUUAUGUUUUGUGUGUAAAUGUAUAGCUAGAUAUAUUCAAUAUAGAUAAAACAAAAUUGGAAACUCACGGCCACUGUAUUUUAUUUUAUUUCUAUUAGUUGAAAGUGGUUGAUAGUUCCUAUUAUGUUUUGGGCUCCGAAAACUCAAAUCGUUUCGUUUUUUUUUAUUUUUAUUUUUUUAAAUUGAGAGGUUAUUUCCGUCCGUUGUUUUGUGUAAGUUUUUAAUGCUUUUUACGUUUUUAUUAACAUACAAUUUUCAUUCGGAGCCUUCAAUUUAUUUAGAAUCUCUUAGUUUUAAGUGUAACCUGUAUCAUACUAUUAUUUUUAUGUAUACCUAAACCAAAGGGACUUCUAACUCAUUUUGGAUUAAUAAAACGCAAAUUCUUCUACAUCAAUUUUUUUGAAAAAUAAGUACGUUAAGUACAUACAUUUCUUUUCUAUUUCGAUUUUUCUAUAAGUAAAGGACUGAGUGGUUUGAUAAUGUUUAGAACAAAAAUAAUAUUUUAAUUGAUUACGAUAAUCGCUCGCUCCGUGUAUGUAUAGCCUACAUUUUAGAAUUACAGUACUAGCUAUUAAGUAUUAUUAUACAUACAUACAAUAAAAUAGACAAUGUUCAAAUUCUAUGUUUCAUUUUCAAAACAAAACAUUUAUAGCCAAUUAUUUCAUUUAACUCAUUGCUCUUUUUCAUAUAUUUUUUUUAAUUAUUAGUUAGGUUUAUUUAGGGAAUAAAUGUGGCAGUUUGAUUUUCUACACAAAAGCUGUCAAAAAAUCAAAUAAUAUUUUGUUUGCGAUAAAAGUUAUCUGGCGAUCGACGAAUUAUCGACCCUGACCCUGAAGUUGGUAAUUAAAGCCUAUCCCUAAUAUAAGCGUCCAAAAUAUACCUAAGGCCAAAAAGAGAAUUGCACAAAAAAUUAAAAAAGAAAAUUAUAGCGCAAACCUAAGCUAUUCCAUCAAAUAUUAUAAUGUACUUACUCAUGUAGUACAGCUAGUAUUACUAAUCUAUAGGAACUAAAUACAUAAAUAAAACAACUGAAAUUAAAUAAAA